CAGGAAUGAGCUGCGGGAGGGGCGAGGCUAAAUUGCCCGAGUCUGGCAGGCUCUGGGCUGGCUCGCGUGGUGUGGAGUCCCGGCCAUUCAAUCUGAGGGAGCCCCCGGGACAGCUCGCUGGGACUGCCGGGUCGCUGGGGGCAAGAUGAUUUCCUUCGCGCCUCUCUCGGUGCCGUUGAAGCGGCGGCUGCAGACUCUAGCUGCUCUUCAGUGGGUUUUCAGUUUCCUGGGUUUGGGCAUAGUCUGCGUAGUCAUCUUCAUUGGCCUUUUCUUCACCCGCUUUUGGUUCCUCAGCAUGCUAUACUCAGCCUGGUGGUACCUGGACAGAGAUACCCCAAGAAAAGGUGGGAGACAGAUCCAGACCAUAAAGAGAUGGUGUGUGUGGAAGUACCUGGCAGACUACUUUCCUGUCUCACUCAUCAAGACAGUGGAUUUGGACCCAACACAGAACUAUAUUGCUGGCUUCCACCCUCAUGGUGUCCUGGCUACUGGAGCUUUCACCAACUUCUGUACUGAAGCCACUGGUUUUUCUUCUGUAUUUCCUGGGAUCCGCCCCCACCUGAUGAUGCUGACUUUGUGGUUCCGAAUUCCCUUCUUCAGGGAUUAUAUCAUGAGUGGAGGUUUAGUCACUUCGGAGAAGGAGUGUGUCUCAUAUUUGCUGAGCAAGAAGGGAGGUGGAAACUUGAUGGUGAUUAUCGUGGGAGGGGCCCAGGAGGCCCUGGAUGCCCGGCCUGGAAGCUACACACUACUGCUGAGGAACCGGAAAGGAUUUGUUAAACUUGCCUUGCUUCAUGGGGCAUCUCUGCUGCCUAUAUUCUCCUUUGGGGAAAAUGAACUCUUUGACCAAAUGGACAAUCCUUCAGGAUCCUGGCUUCGAUGGAUCCAGGAAAAACUGCAGAAGGUCAUGGGCAUCUCCCUCCCAGUCUUCCAUGGCCGGGGGAUCUUCCAGUACAGUUUUGGCCUGCUCCCUUACCGGAGGCAAAUCACUACUGUAGUGGGGAAGCCCAUCAAGGUGAAGCAAAAUAUCAACCCAAGCUCAGAUGAAGUGGACCGUCUGCAUCAGCAGUACAUGACAGAACUGUGUAACCUCUUUGAAACCCACAAGAUUAAAUACAACGUCCCCCCAGAGCAGCACCUGGAGUUCCGAUGAACCAGCCACUUCCCAUGCUCUUCCUCUGCCCUAUCCUUGGGUGACAUCACAAAACAAUAGAAUCCUGACUAGCAACUGUGGUGCCUAUAGCAAGCAAAAGAAGAAUAAUUCGUAACCAUCUUAGUCAUAUUUAGAGGAUCAUAGAUUUAGAGUUUGUAGAAUCCAACACUCUUUAUUUUAUAUAUGAGGAAACUGAGUCCCAGAGCUACAAAGUGACUUUCCCAAACAGAGCAUGAUUCAAACUCUGGUGUUCUUGAUUCCAAAAGCAACACUGUAUGCAUUGACCUACUAAUUGCUCCAUAAUUCAUGAUAUGAAAAACUACCAAAAGUAAUUAAGGAAGCUUUUCAUGGAAGAGUUCUGGAAAGAAUGCAUUGUUGGGGAAACUUGGAUCAGUACAACUAUUUUGGAAAGCAAUUUAGAAUCAUUCAAAUAAAGGGGCAGACAUUGUGAUGCCCUUUGACCCAGGGAUUCUACUGCUAAUCAUAUACCCCAAGAGGGCAUUGAUAAAAAACAAAGGCAUCAGAUACACCAAAACAUUGAUAGCAACACUUUUUGAGGAGGGAGCAAAGAACUAGAAACUAAGUAGCUGCCCACCUACUAGGAAAUGGCUAAACAAACUGGAAACUUGGAGAGAUCUAUAUGAACUGAUACAGAAUAAAGUAAUCAGGAGCAAGAAAACAAUAUUCAAAAAAACUAUGACAACAUAAAUGGAAGGAAACACCACAAACCAAUCAAAAUUGAAUGUUGCAGAAUUACGAAGAAUAAGCUUGACCUCAAAGAGCUAUGAGAAGACCCCUUCCUCACCUCCUUUGCAGGAUAGGGCAAGGGAGAUGGGUCAUAGGUGUGGAAUAGUGUAUCUAUGGUUAGAGUUUUCCAAAGUAAUGAUUGGUUUUUCUAUUUGGCUUUUAUCUUCCUUUUUUCUUUUUAGAGAACUCUUGUUAUAUGAGAUGGUUCUCUGAGAGACAAAGAAGGGGGGAAAGGAUUCAGGGAAAAAACUUAGACAAGAUAAAAUAUAUCAAUUAAAUUUUAUUUUGAAAAACCUUGCUUGAAUAGAAAUGGUAAUAAAAGAUUUAGUUGCUACUCUGACACCUGCAAUAUAUCUACAAUUUCAUCACUACAGAAAGGAGAUUGCUUCACUAACUUUUAGGGUCCUGGACUGAGUUCCAUACUUGCCUACCAUUAGCUAUUAUACCCCUAGGUGUCCAGGGGCACAAGGAGUGCUUAAAUUAAUUUUUUUCCCUCCAAAUCUUGCUGCCCUGAGGCAAAUUCCCAGUUGCCUGACCUAAUGAUCACUCAGCAAUAAAAUUUAUGGAUUCCUAAAAUGUUUUUACUUUGGUUUCAUUAAAAAAGCAAUAUGUGUGUGCUGGAUAAAGCAAUGGACUUGGAAUCAGGGAAACCUAGGUUCAAAUCCUAACUUAAAUAUUUAUGAGCAGGGUGGUUCUAGACAAGGCUCUUGACCAUUCUGGGCCUCAGUUUCCUCAUUAUGAAAUGAAGGAGAUGGAUUCAGUAACCUCCAAAUUUCUUUCUAGUUCUAGUUCUAUGAUCUUUCAUUGUGCCAGGAGCUUUCUCUUUGGCCUAAUGGUUCAGAAAUAUUCUUGGGAGAGGUGGAGCAAAGAGAAACUGGAAUACCCAAGGAAGCUGCAGAAAAUGUCCAGAGUUGGAUGUCCAAAGUCCAUCCCCAGCCCAGUCCCCUCUUUUCUCUGUCUUCUAAGUGCAGGACAUAAAUAUUUCUAGUCCCCAUUGCCUUACAAGAGUUCAAGAAACUGUUCUACUUCUAUCCUCCCCUUGAAGAACUUUUCUACCUGUAUGGCCAUGGACCUCAGUUUCUUCAUCUGUAAACACUUAUUUUCUGUAUUAGAAUUAAUACUAAGUAACCAAGGCAGAAUAGUGAUAAAGGCUAGCCAACUGGAAUUAAAUAAUUUGUCCAGGGUCACACAGCUAGGAAAAUCUGAUGUCAGAUUUGAACCCAGGACUUCCCAUCUCCUAGUUCUCUAUCCACUGAGCCACCUAGCUGCCCCACUAGAUGGGAUUCUUAAGUUGGGGUCCCACAUAUCCCUCCCAAGGAAUCCAUGAAUAUAUCGGUGUCCAUAAAGAUGGAUGAGGGGAAAAAAUGUUAUCUACCUUAAUAAAGUUGGUUUUCUUUGGAA